AUGGACAGGAUUUGUUACCUGCUAGUUACCGUUUUGCUUCACGUUCAAGGGUAUGAAAGUUUUUCUCAGUGCUUGCGGGGGUGUAGUUGUAUAGAAGACCGUCAUGGAAGGUCUCUCAUAUGCAUGGAGGAGAAUGCGUUCGGGGCCAUUCCGGAGAACAUCCCGCACGAUAUGAGCAAAAUCCGAAUCGAAAAAUCCCACUUCACUGAAAUCAGGCGUGGGGCUUUCUCCAGAACACCCGCCUUAGAGAACUUGUGGUUGAACUUCAACAACAUCACCCUGAUCAACUCCAAAGCUCUGGAAGGUUUGGGCAACCUGACCGAGCUCCGCCUGCAAGGGAACAAGUUGCGCUCCAUGCCAUGGACGGCGUUCGAGGACACCCCGAGUCUAAAGAUCCUGGACCUGAAGCGCAACCAGCUAGAUGUGCUGCCGGAACAUGCGUUAAAGAAUUUGCCGGAUCUGACCUACUUAGACAUAUCCUUCAAUCGGCUUACGGUCAUAUCCAAGGAGGUCUUCCAAAACUGGCCCCUGUACCAAAAACUGCAGAGCGCAGAGAAGCAGGAGGCGAGCUCCUCCGGGCCGAACGUCGUCCUCGCGCUCCACGACAACCCCUGGCUUUGCGACUGCCGCCUCAAGGGCUUCGUGGAGUUCAUCCGCUCCCUCAGCCCCCCGAUUAUACUGAUGAACUCCUACUUGACCUGCUCCGGGCCGGAUUUUAGGGCGGGCAAGUUCUUCCACGAGGUCGAGCUGCAGACCUGCGCGAGGCCCGCGGUCACCGCCCCGUCGCCCAACGUCAGCCUGCCGCUCGGCGCCAACGCCACGCUGCGCUGCCUCGCCAAGGCUCGGCCGGACCCCGCGGUGUGGUGGACAUAUGGUCUGAAGAUAAUCAGAGGAUUUCAUGAGUCUCGGGAGAGAGUGGACGAAGACACGAUCAGAUCCGCCCUGAUCAUCCCUUCGCUCCACGCGGCCGACCGGGGCGUCUACACCUGCAGCGCCGUCAACUUCAUCGGAAACUCCUCGGUGAGCAUCCACGUGGACGUCGUCUCUCCCGACGGCUCACGCUCGCCUCCCCUCCCCGGCUCGCCGCCGGAUGACGAGAACGUCUACAUCGACAUCCGUAUCGCCAAACAGACGGUACGCGGCAUCGCCAUCGAGUGGUUCGCCGUUUUGGAUCACCCCGACCAGACGUGGUUCACCAUCCAUUUGGGUCGCGCCAACGCCGAAAAGAAAGAGACCAUCUACAUCGGGCCGGGCAUCCGUUCCUACUCCGUCUCUGACCUGAUGCCCGCCACCAAAUACGAGAUCUGCGUGACGCUCAAGAACCGGACGCCGCGGCCCGGCCAGUGCGUGGUGUUCGUCACCGGAAGCGACAUCACCGAGAUGGAGCAGCGGGAGAAGCUGAUCCACAUCGUGGUCAUCGUCCUGGCCAUGGUGCUGGCCGUGCCCGUCGGCAUGUACGCCUGCACCACCGACGCAAAGUUCACCUGCCUGGAGGGCCUGAUGGCGUUCUGGAAGAAGCGGCGCGGCGAAAGGGGAUCGGCCGGGUUGGCGCGCGAGAGGCAAGGCACCUUCGACAGCCUGCAGGCGGCCAGCGACGAGGGCCUGGUCCGCAAAGAGUCCAGUGAGGACCGGAAGGUGAGGUGGAGGUCAGAUGACAGGCCGCUUAAGAGCAAGGCCGACCACAGCAGAAUCACUGCAGAACUGUACUAA